GCUUCAUCCAUUAGCAAAUUUACAAGAGGAAGCAAAUGUCUUCAAACACGGAGGACAGCUGUGUGGGUGACAUUAAAAGCGAGCAUCAGGAUCCAGUGCUGCAGACUAUUGUGUCUUCAUAGCUGCCGGACUCAAUGUAUAUUGAUUUCAGUGCACAGGCACCUUGCUGCUAUCUGUAUAUAACUACCACUCAACUAGAGCCCUUGUAUCCAGAUCAGCCCUGGGAAUUGUGCUUAUUAUUUUAGCUCUGAUUUUAGCACAUACAGGAAUCCAAAAAAAAUUCAGCCCUGAUCUUCUGACUGUAACAUUAUGUAUGACUGUGUCAGCCCUGUGGUUAAACUCUGGCAUUGUACACCUCCUGCUAGAUAACAAGAUACUCUCAAGCUCAGACCAGUUUCGUGAGGCAAUCUUCCCAGGCUUACUAGCCAUUUCAUCUGCCUUUUUUGUAAUAGGAUGUGUUGGAACACUCCACAAAAAAGGGCCUUUGCCCCUUAUGGCUUUUGCACUGGGUCUUGCUAACAUCCAUGUUCUUGCUUUCUUUAAUGAUAAGACUCUUGGCCCAUCAGGUAUCGCUUGUAACUUUAUGAUAGUCACCGUUAUAAGCAUUUAUCUUGUGGCAAUGAGGCUUUUAAAUAUCCUGAAAAAUAAAACUGCUUUCCAGAAGCAGAUCAGUGUCAGUUCCACAAACUGUAUAUCAAGGAACCAUCUUAUUGUCACAGGAAUAAUAGCCAAUAUGGUAUCAUCAAGUGUACUCUGUGGAAAAUUGAUAGGCACAACCAACAUUUUCUUCAUUGGUCAAGCCCACUGGAUGUUCACAUCAGCAAUGUACCAAGUUAUGGUCUCUGUUGCAUCAUUUUGGGCAUGUGAUAUAUUUCAUGCCAUAUUUUUCAGCUUCUUGGCUGUACUGAGAUUUGCAGAAGGAAUUUCACUCAUAAAUCAACCCCAUCUGUCCAACGCCCCAUUACUUCCUCUCCCAUUCAUGGUUGUGUUUGCAAUUCUUUUUUUCGCUUUAGGUUGCAUUAUGUCCUUGCAGAAUCUGUAUAUUGGUGUAUACAUGUUGCUGUUUGCAGUUUAUUGUGCCACUUUGACCCUCCCUAGUGGAAUUUCCCAUAUUGCACCACAAGCAGUUAAUUUGAUUAUCUUCUUAGCGUCAAUUGUCUACAUGCUGACUAGGCUUUACGUGUCAAAGACAGAUUUCAAGGUUUCACAAAGAAAUAGUCUAAGGGAGAUAAUAUUUUCAUGGCUUCGAUAUCUUAGAAUAAAACCCCCCAAAAUAACGUGCUGUUAUUUUUCUGCAAACUUUUAUUUACAUGGUGUGGAUGUAAUUGGCCAUGCAUUUGACACUCUUGCGGCCUUUUUAAUUACCGUGGAAACACAUGCUAGCUUUAUUCUGCUUAUGGUGACUGGAGGCAUGGUGUACAUAACUGGUUUAUUUUCCCUAUCUACUGGUAAAACCUGUGAAGGCAGUGCCUUUAUCUUUUAUGGAAUUUGGUGGAUAAUUUGGGGUCUUAUGAAAUAUGUGACUUUAUGCCUGUCAGUGAUUAGAUUUCAAGUAGCGGUGGGCAUUGUCUGCUUUUUCAUUUUAAAUGCUUUUUUAACUGUUUGUUUAAUCACACUAAAUAAAGCUUGGUUCAUAAAAUCCCUUACAUUUGAGAUUCUGCUUAUAAAUGUUUUACUGCACACCCUAGAUAUUCUGCCUGGUGAAACCACUGUUGCAUUUAGUAUCCUUUUUGGAAUUGUAAGUUUCUAUUGCUUUCUGGCUUGCUUACUUAAUGGAACUGAGGUGGCGCCUCAUCUGCCCUGGGGUGAACCAUUCCUAAAGCAAGGACUGCCUCUGCAAGGUCGUAUGCUGUGCCCACUACCAGCUCAGAAAGUGACAUCAAUUAAUACUAUAGCAGUUGCCCUAAAGGACAUUACACAUAUUGACUUGCGGUCAAAGAGAAAACCCAGUGUAAAGCAUCUCAAAGAUUUUGGAAGUUUUGCUUAUCUCCAUAUACCAAAAGAAGCUGGAUUGAAAAUCAGUAAUGUUAUCUUCAAAGAAACAGCACAAGUUGUAGAAAAGUUAGAAGCUGAUAUGCAGUAUGUAUCACUGGAGAUUCCAGCAGCUGUACCUGCUGUCUAUCAGUAA